AAAAAGCAGCAAGCAAGAGGUUGAGUGGGAUGACUACAUAAUAUAUACAUAUCGAUAAAGAGGAACAAUCUCUCAGCUGUACGCCAUGUCCUCUACCUCCCGUCACCCUCAACCCAAAAGCCAAGAAGAGGCCGCCUUGGAACGUGAUCUCUCAUUGGGUCAGCUUGUCCUGGAACGAAGCCAAACUGCCACAAUAGCCACCAAGACUGCGGAAGACAUCAAGCAGGAAGAACUGCUCAGACGAGCAGCAGAAAAAAGGAACAAUAAUGACAAUAUUGGCGAUGUUCCGGCACCUGCAGUUGUUAGACGUCCAUAUGCCAAUACAAGGAAGAAAGCACCUGAUACUGCUACCACUACGGCAGUCAGUACGAACACUACUGAGGAUGACGAUCAAAGGCAAAAAGACGAGCUUGCCUUGUUGAGCAUUGUAGCUAAGCGAUCUUCGGCUGCAAGCAGAGAAGAGGCUGACUUGGCCAAAAAACAAAUUCUUCUGAAUCCUGGCAAUCCUGGUGACUAUGACUAUGAUGUGUCCGAAAAGGUUGAUGCCAAUCCCAUUGAGGACAAUCCAAUGGAAUACGACAAUGAGACUGGGCGUCCCUCAUCCAAGCACAGCCUACCACCCGGCUCUCUCACUCCUGGUGCCUACUCGGGCGCAGUUGGGGCCAAUUAUGAAGCUGUGAAACCUGUCAGAUUGGAUUUGCUGGGAACAUCCUCACAUCAUCCCGGCGAGGAGGAGGAAGCACGAGCAAGAGCAGAACAACAAAAACAAGGAGUUAUCACCAAUGAGGAAGCUCAGCAGCAACCAACAGAAUCCAUUAUUCCUCUGGAGGAGAAGCAGAAACCAAGCAGGAAUCGAAAGCUGAUUGCUGCGGCUGCCAUGGGAUGUUUGUUGUUGGUUGUGAUCAUCAUUCUGGCUAUUGUAAUUCCACUGUCCGUGGGAGGAGGAAAAGAGGAGAGUCCUCCGUCAUUGGAAAACACACAAGAAUUAUCCAUCGACAAGGCACUGCUCCCCAAUGCCCCUAAUUCCACCUGGGAUUCCAUCCAAGACAAUCUAGAUUCACCUCAAUACAAAGCCUACAACUGGCUGACUCUGGAUCCCAGUCUACACUUGUACGAAACCUGGCAAAAAGAACAGAGAUUUGCCUUGGCCACCUUUUACUAUGCAUUUAACGGCCCCAAAUGGAGGUUCAAAGAUCCUCUCACACAGAAUGAGUGGCUUAGCUAUGAAACCAAUGAGUGUGAGUGGGGGGUCUACCUUCCAAAGACAACUGACAAUCAUCAUGUGAUUUGCAAUGAUGAUGACAUUGUGAGACUCAUUUCCGUGACAGAACAAGGUGGUCUCAAAGGGUCGGUUCCAUUGGAGCUAUCGUUGCUUGGGAGCCUGCAAGGAUUGGACUUGUCAGACAAUGUGCUGCAAACAAACUUGACAAAUCUGUUGCCAAUAAUCCACAUGCCAGAAUGGUUCCAGUCCUUGGAGGCAAUCCACUGCACAAAUUGUCGUCUGGAAGGAAGCCUACCUCCAGAGCUAUGGGAUUGGACAAAUCUUCGUGUGUUGUGGCUCCAGGAAAACUCUCUUACCGGAACCAUUUCGACAGCAAUCCAGCAGCUGUCACGGCUUCGUGCAUUGGAGCUAUUCGACAAUAAACUAUCUGGGCCGAUACCGUCCGAGGUUGGCCUCGUCACGUCACUCAAGAAUCUGGGUCUACGGUUGAAUAGUUUUACGAGCGCCCCCUCGGAAUUGGGCCUCUUGACCAAUUUAGUGGAUCUGGGUCUCGGCGACAACGAAAUGAGCCACCCUGGUUUUAGCUCGGAACUGGCAAAAUUGACCAACCUGCGACAUUUGAACCUGGUGAACUUGAACCGAAAGGGCACCAACGACAAUUCAGAGCACGCCCUUACAAUUCCCACCGAGGUUGGUUUGAUGGCGGCCCUCGAGGUUUUGGAUGCCGAAAGGAAUGGCUGGAUGGGUGCGAUCCCCAGUGAGAUUGGGAAUCUAUCGAGGUUGACAGACCUGCAUUUGAGACGAAAUAGAUUGAGCAAUACUAUGCCGACCGAGUUGGGACGGAUGUCAGCUCUGGAAACACUCUACUUGACCAACAACCAGUUCACUGGAUCGAUACCGUCGGAACUUGGUCAGAUCACAAGUCUCCAUGCGCUGCUUUUCGUGGACAAUAGCUUCCAGAAACACUUUCCCCUGGAACUCUGUCAACGGGAUUUCUCGGAAUUGCUCACUGACUGGUGCGAAUCACGGGAUGAGUGUUGCAUUGGAAAUUAACUUGAUUCGAUUCGUAAUGAUUUGAUUUGAAUCGAAUCUUUGAUGCCGAAUACACGGACAAUUCCAACGUGAAGAUACCGGUGCGGGCAGUUACUGCAUGGCUACGGCUCUAGACUAUAUACUCUUCUAAAGCCACUUGAUUCGAUUCGUAAUGAUU